AUGCAAGAGCUUAUCGAUAUUCCAAUUGUUCCAAGUGGAAAAGGAGAUAAGCUUUGCAAUCCUGCUGGAAGAGGAGAUAAGCUUUGCAAAGUCGUGUCCGGUGGAGAGAUAAGUUCUACCAUUCCAGCUACUCGUUCCUACUCAAGAAGAGGUAGAGGAGAUUACUUCUACAAGCUUUGGCAUAUAAUUCCUACGCCUUCCAUCCCAUUUCAAUCUAGUAUCGAGCCUUACAAGGCUUAA